GAUCACAGCUCACUGCAGCCUCGACCUCUUGGGCCCAAGCGAACCUCUUACCUCAGCUCCUGAGUAGCUGGGACAAGAGGUGCACGCCACCAUGCUCAGUUAAUUUUAUUUUUUGUAGAGAUAGGAUCUCACUGUGUUUCCCAGGCUGGUCUCGAACUCCUGGCCUCAAGCGAUCCUCCUGCCUCGGCCUCCCAAAAUGCUGGCUUGUGAGUGAGCCACCACGCCACGCACGGUCUCCUUUUGAAGUCGAAUUAGACAAUGUUUUACACCGUGCCAGUGAAAGCAAACUGUACUCUCUACGGCGCUAGUAGCAAAAGCAAAGAAUUAUUAACAUGCCUAAUAGGAGCCCUAAAAACUAAUCCAGGUCUGCAAAAGCCGAUCGACAACUCUGUAGUGAUUUAGAAGAGAAUUGCAAGAAAUUAACACAGAGCGUCGUAAGUGACAGGAUGGUCUGGCGACCACAUUUCCCGGCAGCCCUCGCGCAGCCAGGCCGCUUCGAGGAUUGGACUUCUCCGCAGGAGGCGGGUGACAGGGGGAGGGGAUAAGCGUGAGGUACUGUGGGUAGGAGACGGCCGUCGGCGGAGGCGCCAUUUUGUGUAGCCGCCGAACCUUGUUGGAGGUUCUGGGGCGCAGAACCGCUACUGCUGCUUCGGUCUCUCCUUGGGAAAAAAUAAAAUUUGAACCUUUUGGAGCUGUGUGCUAAAUCUUCAGUGGGACAAUGGGUUCAGACAAAAGAGUGAGUAGAACAGAGCGUAGUGGAAGAUACGGUUCCAUCAUAGACAGGGAUGACCGUGAUGAGCGUGAAUCCCGAAGCAGGCGGAGGGACUCAGAUUACAAAAGAUCUAGUGAUGAUCGGAGGGGUGAUAGAUAUGACGACUACCGAGACUAUGACAGUCCAGAGAGAGAGCGUGAAAGAAGGAACAGUGACCGAUCCGAAGAUGGCUACCAUUCAGAUGGUGACUAUGGUGAGCACGACUAUAGGCAUGACAUCAGUGACGAGAGGGAGAGCAAGACCAUCAUGCUGCGCGGCCUUCCCAUCACCAUCACAGAGAGUGAUAUUCGAGAAAUGAUGGAGUCCUUCGAAGGCCCUCAGCCUGCGGAUGUGAGGCUGAUGAAGAGGAAAACAGGUGUAAGCCGUGGUUUCGCCUUCGUGGAGUUUUAUCACUUGCAAGAUGCUACCAGCUGGAUGGAAGCCAAUCAGAAAAAGUUGGUGAUUCAAGGAAAGCACAUUGCAAUGCAUUAUAGCAAUCCCAGACCUAAGUUUGAAGAUUGGCUUUGUAACAAGUGCUGCCUUAACAAUUUCAGGAAAAGACUAAAAUGCUUCCGAUGUGGAGCAGACAAGUUUGACUCUGAACAGGAAGUGCCUCCUGGAACCACAGAGUCGGUUCAGUCUGUGGAUUACUACUGUGAUACGAUCAUUCUUCGGAACAUAGCUCCGCACACUGUGGUGGAUUCCAUCAUGACAGCACUGUCUCCUUACGCGUCUUUAGCAGUCAAUAACAUCCGCCUCAUAAAAGACAAACAGACCCAGCAGAACAGAGGCUUCGCAUUUGUGCAGCUGUCUUCUGCAAUGGAUGCUUCUCAGCUGCUUCAGAUAUUACAGAGUCUCCAUCCUCCUUUGAAAAUUGAUGGCAAAACUAUUGGGGUUGAUUUUGCAAAAAGUGCCAGAAAAGACUUGGUCCUCUCAGAUGGUAACCGCGUCAGCGCCUUCUCUGUAGCUAGUACGGCUAUUGCUGCUGCUCAGUGGUCAUCCACCCAGUCUCAAAGUGGUGAAGGAGGCAGUGUUGACUACAGUUAUCUGCAACCAGGUCAAGAUGGCUAUGCCCAAUAUGCUCAGUAUUCACAGGAUUAUCAGCAGUUUUAUCAACAACAAGCUGGAGGAUUGGAAUCUGAUGCAUCAUCUGCAUCAGGCACAGCAGUGACCACCACCUCAGCGGCUGUAGUGUCCCAGAGUCCUCAGCUGUAUAAUCAAACCUCCAAUCCACCUGGCUCUCCGACUGAGGAAGCACAGCCUAGCACUAGCACAAGUACACAGGCCCCAGCCGCUUCCCCUACUGGUGUAGUUCCUGGUACCAAAUAUGCAGUACCUGACACGUCCACUUACCAGUAUGAUGAAUCUUCAGGAUAUUACUAUGAUCCGACAACAGGGCUCUAUUAUGACCCCAACUCGCAAUACUACUAUAAUUCCUUAACCCAGCAGUACCUUUACUGGGAUGGGGAAAAAGAGACCUACGUGCCAGCUGCAGAGUCUAGCUCCCACCAGCAGACGGGCCUGCCUCCUGCAAAAGAGGGGAAAGAGAAGAAGGAGAAACCCAAGAGCAAAACAGCCCAGCAGAUUGCCAAAGACAUGGAACGCUGGGCUAAGAGUUUGAAUAAGCAGAAAGAAAACUUUAAAAAUAGCUUUCAGCCUGUCAAUUCCUUGAGGGAAGAAGAAAGGAGAGAAUCUGCUGCAGCAGACGCUGGCUUUGCUCUCUUUGAGAAGAAGGGAGCCUUAGCUGAAAGGCAGCAGCUCAUCCCAGAAUUGGUGCGAAAUGGAGAUGAGGAGAAUCCCCUCAAAAGGGGUCUGGUUGCUGCUUACAGUGGUGACAGUGACAAUGAGGAGGAGCUGGUGGAGAGACUUGAGAGUGAGGAAGAGAAGCUAGCUGACUGGAAGAAGAUGGCCUGUCUGCUCUGCCGGCGCCAGUUCCCGAACAAAGAUGCCCUAGUCAGGCACCAGCAACUCUCAGACCUUCACAAGCAAAACAUGGACAUCUACCGACGAUCCAGGCUGAGCGAGCAGGAGCUGGAAGCCUUGGAGCUAAGGGAGAGAGAGAUGAAAUACCGAGACCGAGCUGCAGAAAGACGGGAGAAGUAUGGCAUUCCAGAACCUCCAGAGCCCAAGCGCAAGAAGCAGUUUGAUGCUGGCACUGUGAAUUACGAGCAACCCACCAAAGAUGGCAUUGACCACAGUAACAUUGGCAACAAGAUGCUGCAGGCCAUGGGCUGGCGGGAAGGCUCUGGCUUGGGACGAAAGUGUCAAGGCAUUACGGCUCCCAUUGAGGCUCAAGUUCGGCUAAAGGGAGCUGGCCUAGGAGCCAAAGGCAGCGCAUAUGGUUUGUCGGGCGCCGAUUCCUACAAAGAUGCUGUCCGGAAAGCCAUGUUUGCCCGGUUCACUGAGAUGGAGUGAGAGAGAGAGAGAGAGAGAUGACAAGGAGCACAAGAAGUGGUCCAUCUCCCGAAUUCGCUGUUACCGCCUGUCUCUUUAAGGGCAUGCCUUGUGCUGUUAAUAGAUCUUAGGGUGAACCACUUCAUUCUGCAGGGUUCUCCCUCCCACCUUAAAGAAGUUCCCCUUACGUGGGUUGCCUGGUGAAUGGCCUUCCUUCCCGCCAGAGGGCUUGUGAACAGACCGGAGAGGACAGUGGAUUUUUUAUACUCCAGUGUACAUAGUGUAAUGUAGCGUGUUUACAUGUGUAGCCUAUGUUGUGGUCCAUCAGCCCCUCACAUUCCUAGGGGUUUGAAAUGCUGUAGGUGGUAUGUGACACCAAAGCCACCUCUGUCAUUUGUUGUGAUGUCUUUUCUUGGCAAAAGCCUUGUGUAUAUUUGUAUAUUACACAUUUGUACAGAAUUUUGGAAGAUUUUCAGUCUAGUUGCCAAAUCUGGCUCCUUUACAAAGAAAUACCUUGAGAAA